AGACUUGGCUCAGAGAGAUACCUUUUGCUUAAAUAAAGAAGGCAAAGUCUUUGGUCUUCCUCGGUUCUUAUAGUAAAUACAUAGACACUUAGAUUUUUCUAGUGCAGCUAGUCGGGAACAAGAAACCAUUUUUGAUGUUCAACAAAGAAACAGAUGGCUGCUCCUUCUCAAACUUCUCAGACGUCCUCCAUUCUCCACUACUGCUCACGACCCGAGUUGUCGUUAUAGAUACCGGUAGUACCAGUGCGAGUGGUCGUGGUGCCCGACUAAGCAAUCUCGCGCGAGGGUUACCAAAUGGCGUGCGUCCCGCAAAAAGUCGUGACUACUACAGAAAAGCCUCAUCGCCUCCUCAUGGCGAUUAGUACGAGAAACAGAUCAUCUACUUGUUCAACAAGAAUGGGAAGAACAACUACAACAACAUCUUCAAGAUCUUCAACAAGGAAGUCGCGUACAACUACAACUACAACUAUAAAAAGUUUAGUAGCAGUGAGAAGACUUCUAGCAGUGAGCACUCUGCUUGGGAGCAUUAAAAAUGCUGAGGGUCGGCUCGGAGACAAAAGUGUGCUGAAAGGCAAUAUGAUAGAACAAGACGAAGCGUCUCAAGAGGAAGCGACCAAGAGUGGAGGGAGUAGCUUUCAAGCAACAGAAGCUUAAGAGAGUUGACAUGAUAUUUUUAGCUGAACUUACCCUCCCUCCCCUCUUGCUGAACUUACCCCCAGAUUGGCUCAUCAUGUUGAUGUACGACCAAGUUGAUCUACUAGGUAGUCAACUAUUAAGUGGAUGUACACCUACCUUCAUCUUCUGAGUAAAGUGUGACGAUCACGAUGUUGAUUUUUGCUACAAUGAAUCACGUUUCAUUUACACUUACCCUCUAAGAGAUCAACUAGUAAAAGUGUUUGCUCUGGCCUUCUAAUUUCCUCACAUGUACGAAGAUGGGGAAACUACAACGACGAGAUCGAGGACGACCGCGGCUUCUUCCAGAACUCCUAGGGGUGCAAUUAAGGGUUUCCGAAUUACAUCCCUCACUACCAUCCUUGGCUCCUUUUCAAGGGGGAAAUGGGUCAAGGAUGUUCUGAAGAAUGCAAUUCGGAAACCUCUAAUGCCAAGCGUCUGAGAGGAACAAAGCAAGACACGCUGACCCAUGUGGAAGUCGGUUUUAAGGAAGGGAGUAAGAAGUACCUUUUAUUGUUGCUUAUAUAUAAGCGAAAACUAGAAAUGGCCGGGUUGUAACAAACAUGAAAAUAGCCGAGUGAUAUCUGAGAAGAUGAUUGUUCUCGAAGCUACUGGGAUUUUCAGGUUUUCGAAUAAUUCAAUUUCAUUUCCUCUAGUAGUUACCUCUUAAUCUUACCUCCUCUCUCUUUCCAGCAUCCCAUUGAUCGCCUUUGGGCAUUCCCUUUGGGUGAGUUUCUUCAUCUCUAAAAAUGCGAGUGGAAUAGACGACCAUGAAGAGCAGGUCGUUGGAUUCGCUGAUGAAGCAGUUGGAUUUCUUUUAAGGGUCAAAAUGACUCAUUUCUAGAUAAUAUUCAAGCACUGACUGGUGAGUGUUCCCUUUCAAAGCUCAUUGCUCAUUUGCGCUUCAAAGCUCAUUGCUCAUUCCCAGCGGAGGCCAUCUUCUUCUGCUUCAUCUUUCUUAGAAGAAAUGAGCCCAAGAAAUGGGCCCAAGGAAUGAAGCGCGGCUGAAGCAUCUUCCUGCAGAAGAUUGUCCUUGGUUUCUCUUAUUUUGGAUAGUUACUGUGCGAGAAUCAUUGUAUUGCACUCGCCAAUGACCAUGCGGUAGUGCUUCUCUAAGCCGUGGAGCAACGUCCUCGUUCUUUGAGGUGAGUAGGAGACAACUUUUGCAGACGCUGGAGCUAGUGUUCCCAUUUUGGAAAAAACGUGGCAGUCGUGGAGAAAAAAGUGGCAGUGGAGAAAAAAGUGGCAGAGGAGAAAAAAGUGGCAGUGGAAAAAAAAGUGGCAGUGGAAAAAAUAGUGGCAGCGAUGGUGACAACCAGAAAUACACGAAAAUUGCCUUUUUAAGGCUCAACAUACUUUGUUCUUGAUAGAUAAUCUUUUUCUUCUUCUAGUUAGGGCUCCACGAAUACUAACUUCCUUCUUCUGGUUUUUGUUUUCUCUAAUUAGGUGUUCCACCAGAAAUAAGCAUUGCCAUCUUAAAACUCAUACGUUGGUGGAACAUUGAAGGACAUAAAUUUUAUUUCCUCUUUUGGAUUUUAUAGAAGAAGAGUCGUUUCUUAUACAUAGAUUCUAAUACUUACGAGAUUGCUAGAUUCUUGAUGGGAACCUCAAUUGUAUACUCAGGAGCUACUGAAAAACAUUGAAAACGAUCUUCAAGGUCGCAAGUCGGAGCUCCAUAAACCUUAGGAAUAUUAUCCCUUGUACUUCUAGUAAACCUUACCUUUCCACCCUUCCAUUUUUAUGAUGGAUGAUAAUAUUGUGGAGGCCUCUCUCUUACGUUGGUUCUUUAUUCCCUGUCAUGAUUCGAAAACUUGUAAUAAUAUCGGGGUCAGCCUCUAAGCCUCGCCAUAGCCGGGAUUGUCAUCUUCGUCGUUGCCGUCGGCGUCUUUUUCUAUGAGCCAGUUAUUGUCAUCGAUCUCAACUAGAUGAACAUUAAUAUUUACAACAUACAGGGAAAUAGCCGGUUAAUGUUUUCCUCAUAGUAUUACCGGUUCAUCAUCAUCGUCAUCACCAUCAUCAUCAUCAUCAUCGUCGUCGUCAUUCUUAAACUCUAAGAAGACUGUUUAAGGUCCGACGACAAGGACAACGACAAGAUCGAGAAAAAAGACAAGAAAGAGAAAGACAAGAAAGAUCACAAAGACAAGAAGGAGAAGUUAAGGCGACCAAAGAAGCUGCCUCCCCAUCCCUGAAGGCAUCCUUGGCUCUUUUUCUACUAUACUUUUAGAAAAAGAAAAUACUACAACAAUCUAAAUCUCCUAGUACUUACUAGUUUGUACUAGAAGAAUCCCACGACUCGUACUAGAAACGGACGACAACUCGUAGUACUAUAUGAUAUUUCCAUUAAGUUCAAAGCAAUCUUGUUCCUAUGUUGCGGUAUCUACAAAUCUAUCUCUAACGAGAAAAGACAAGAGGGACAAGACGUACCGAGAGGGUGAGAAUUAUUUGCGGCGUCACAAAUUACGGCUUUUUUUUCACGACCACAUUUUUUACUUCUCUCUUAAAAGCAUUACUACUCAUUCGGGUCAGUACGGAACCAGGCAGCUUUGAGUUGCUACGUCGUGGCUCGGAUGAGUGAAUGACUGAAUUUAGUAGAUGUCGCUACAACUGCUACGUCUACCUCAAGCUCAAUUUACUGCCUGACCACGUUGCUGCCUCUACAAGAACUCGCUAGCUCUAGAAGUAUAUCAAUACAUAGAUACUCUACUACUCUAGAAGCACAGAGAGAAAGUUCUCUAGACGAGGUACUCUAGUGUAGAGAUGAGAAAGUACAAAUCUAGAAGUACUCUCUGUGCCUCUGCUAUCAUUUAUCGGGUGUAGCUCCUAGCAGCUCUAGCACUAUUUGUAUUCGAAGAAAGUUUAGCUUCUAGUACUCUCUAGGAGUAGUAUUUUCAUUCUCCUUUUAGUACUCUCUACUGUACAUGAUGAGGCAGCAUGGAAAUAAAUGCAACAAAGGGAAGAAGAAAUUUAAAAGAUUGCUUGCAACUAAUAAUGAGAGAUGCUAUACCCCGCGAGUAGGUACAUCAAUCAAUCACUCAAUCAAUCAAUGUGCCAUAGAUGAAAGUGAGCUACUUCUAAGCCCGUUGGCCUUGGAGGCCGCUGAGGGCCGGGUGCUAGGCUGAUGCUAAUUGAGGGGAGCACACCUGAGGCUGAAGCUGGGGGACGAAAGCUAGGCUGAUGUACUAGCUAAGGGUGCUAGUAACGGGAGGAGGGAGCUGGGGGACGAGGAGUGCUAGGCAGAUGUAGCUAGGGGCUAAGCAAAGUACGUCUACCUAAGGUACUUCCAUCGAUUCCACCACUGUUACUAGGGGACAAAAAUUUUUCUUUGAUUAUAAGCAGAGCUACACCUACACCAGGGUACAAGAUAUCCUGUUCAGAAAAAAAGGAGGUAUUAAGAAAAGUAGUGGGCAGUUCGCAAUUGUAAAGUGACUUGUCGUUGCCUUCAACAAGAAACAGGGAAAAUAGUCCUUCUCGUUAUGAAAACAAAUCGCUUUUUUGACCCCUUGAAAACAAGUAACUACUAACAGAUGAAAUUAUUUGAACUAGGGACCCCUAUUUUUGUAAGA